AUGGGUCAAAUAUUGUCCAAUCCAAUUAUCGAUAAAGAACAUCAUUCUGGUACAGAUUGUUUGACAGCAUUUGGACUGUGUGCAAUGCAGGGCUGGCGUAUGUCCAUGGAAGAUUCCCAUAUCGUUGAACCUAACCUUUUAGCCGAGUCAGACGAAGAACAUCUGGCGUUUUAUGGUAUAUUUGAUGGUCAUGGUGGUUCUUCUGUGGCUGAGUUUUGUGGUACCAAAAUGAUAUCUAUAUUGAAACAACAGGAGAGUUUUAAUAAGGGAUUAUUAGAGCAGUGUUUGAUUGACACUUUUUUGGCUACGGACGUCGAGUUGCUAAAAGAUGAAAAAUUAAAAGACGAUCAUAGUGGCUGUACCGCCACAGUGAUAUUGAUAUCCCAAUUCAAAAAGCUGCUGGUUUGUGCUAAUUCCGGUGACAGUAGGACUGUUCUAUCCAUCAGUGGCAACAGCAAAGCAAUGUCGUUUGAUCAUAAACCUACACUGGUAAGUGAAAAAUCCCGUAUUAUAGCUGCGGAUGGUUUUGUUGAGAUGGAUCGUGUGAAUGGUAAUUUAGCCCUAUCAAGAGCCAUAGGUGACUUUGAAUUCAAGUCUAAUACAAAGCUGGGGCCUCAUGAGCAAGUUGUCACAUGUGUUCCUGAUAUCAUCAAACACAAUUUGAACUAUGACGAGGACGAAUUCGUUAUUCUAGCAUGCGAUGGUAUUUGGGACUGUUUAACUUCUCAGGAGUGUGUUGAUUUAGUUCACUACGGUAUAAUCCAAGGUAAUAUGAGUUUGAGUGACAUUUCAUCUAGAAUCGUGGAUGUUUGUUGUUCACCAACUACUGAAGGUUCAGGUAUUGGUUGUGAUAAUAUGAGUAUUUCCAUUGUUGCGCUACUAAAGGAAAAUGAAUCUGAAUGUCAAUGGUUUGAACGUAUAAGAUCCAAGAAUUACAAUAUUCAGACAUCUUUUGUUCAAAGAAGGAAAAGCAUUUUUGAUUUUCAUGAUUUCUCAGAUGAUGACAAUGAAGUAUUCGCAGUUACCACCAAGAAAUUACAAGACCGCUUAAACCGUAAUAGAGAUAAUGAUGAUAUGGAAAUCGAUGAUCUUGACACUGAAUUAGGUAGUAGCGCCGCUCCUUCGAAGUUUACUGGUGAGGAAAGAACUGGCCCUAUUGAUUUAUUUUCAUUAGAGGCUCUAUUAGAAGCCGGGAUUCAAAUAAGGCAAAGACCAAGCUCUGAUAGCGAAGGUAACACCUCUUAUUUCCAUGGUGCUUCUUUAUCAGACAUGCUGGCAUCUUUGAGCAAUGCGGCCGCGGGAGAAACCGGACCUGAAGAUGCUGAUGGAAACAAUUAUAAUGAUAGCGAAGACAACGACAAAAAUGGAAAAGAUAACGGCGAUUCGAAGAUUGAAGAAAUUGAAUGA